AUGGACAAUGAGGCUACAGAAGAGACAACUUUUGUCGUUGAUGAAGUGACAAAUAUUGUGAAGGAGGUUUGUGGAUAUGUGAGUAUCGAAAACAACAUUGGCUCUAGUUCAUACGUCCACACUAAAGUGCCCCAGUGGACGUCGACAAUCGUCGAGCAAAUUCUUAAUCAGUUGACCAAACUGGGAAAGCCUUUCAAAUACAUUGUUACUUGUGUCAUAAUGCAGAAAUGUGGCGCUGGAUUGCAUACAGCUAGUUCCUGUUACUGGGAUAAUUCCACGGAUGGCAGUUGUACAGUGAAAUGGGAGAACAAAUCAAUGUAUUUUAUUGUGACAGUAUUUGGAUUGGCAAUUUGA